AUGUUUGGAAUCCAGGAGAGCAUCCAGAGAAGCGGCAGCAGCCUGAAAGAGGAGCCGCUGGGAGGCAUGAACGUCCGGAGCUGGAUGCAGGGGGGCGGCGUGCUGGACGCCAACACGGCCGCCCAAAGUGGAGUGGGUCUGGCUCGGGCUCACUUUGAGAAGCAGCCGCCCUCCAACCUGCGGAAGUCCAACUUCUUCCACUUCGUCCUGGCUCUGUACGACCGGCAGGGCCAGCCGGUGGAGAUCGAGAGGACGAGCUUCGUGGACUUCAUCGAAAAAGAGAAGGAGACCAGCGGAGAGAAGACCAAUAACGGGAUUCAUUACAGGCUACAGCUUCUUUACAGUAACGGCAUCAGAACAGAGCAGGACUUUUAUGUUCGACUCAUAGACUCCAUGACUAAACAGCCGAUUGUUUAUGAAGGCCAGGACAAGAACCCAGAGAUGUGCAGAGUGCUACUGACACAUGAGAUCAUGUGCAGUCGGUGCUGUGACAAGAAGAGCUGUGGAAACCGUAAUGAGACACCCUCAGACCCUGUUAUCAUCGACAGAUUUUUCCUCAAGUUUUUCCUCAAGUGCAACCAGAACUGUUUGAAGAAUGCAGGAAACCCGAGAGACAUGAGGAGGUUCCAGGUGGUCGUAUCAACGACAGUGAGCGUGGAGGGACACGUCCUGUCGGUCUCUGACAACAUGUUCGUUCACAACAACUCCAAACACGGUCGACGGGCCCGCAGGCUCGAUCCCGUGGAGGGAACGCCGUCUUACCUAGAACACGGAGCAGCGCCCUGCAUUAAAGCCAUCAGUCCCAGUGAGGGCUGGACUACGGGAGGUGCUACUGUCAUCAUCAUAGGAGACAAUUUCUUCGACGGUCUCCAAGUAAUCUUCGGUACCAUGCUGGUUUGGAGCGAGCUGAUUACACCACAUGCCAUCCGGGUGCAGACGCCUCCCAGACACAUCCCUGGGGUUGUAGAGGUCACUCUGUCUUACAAGUCUAAACAGUUCUGCAAAGGCACACCAGGGAGGUUCAUAUACACAGCGUUAAACGAACCUACCAUCGACUAUGGCUUCCAGAGGCUACAGAAGGUCAUUCCUCGGCACCCUGGUGACCCUGAGAGGCUGCCAAAGGAGGUCAUUCUGAAGAGAGCAGCAGAUCUGGUGGAAGCCCUCUAUGGUUUGCCUCAUAAUAACCAGGAGAUCAUCCUCAAACGUGCAGCAGACAUCGCAGAAGCUCUUUACAGCGUUCCACGAGGACACACCCAGCUUUCCAGUUCAACUCACAGCGGCAUGAUGGGAGUCAACUCUUUCACCGGGCAGCUGUCCGUCAACGUAUCCGAACCCUCGCAAGCCAAUCAGGGUUUUGUGCGCAGCAGCAGUAGUGUGUCACCCCACGGUUACGUGCCCAGCUCCACGCCUCAGCAGACCAGUUACACCUCAGUCACCAGCACCAUGAAUGGCUACGCCAACAACACCGGCAUGACCAACCUGGGAGGCUCGCCCACUUUCCUCAAUGGCUCUGCAGCCAACUCGCCUUAUGCUAUUGUUCCAUCCAGUCCUACUAUGGCCUCCUCCACCUCUCUUCCCUCCAACUGCUCCUCCUCUUCUGGUGUCUUCUCCUUCUCUCCAGCCAACAUGGUGUCAGCAGCAGUUAAACAGAAGUCCGCCUUUGCUCCGGUAGUCAGGCCCUCGUCGUCCCCUCCGCCCUCCUGCACCAGUGCCAAUGGCAACGGGCUUCAAGAUCAAACAUUUGUGGACUCUAGCAAGUACUCAACAGCCAGCUCUCUACAAGGCCUGGCCUUCACCUGAACAAUCCCGGGAAUGAUCGUCCCACCCAUGUAAAGGUGUGUGUGCAUGAUUUUGUGUGUGUGUGUGUGUGUGUGAGUGAGAGAGAGAGAGAGUUGAACCAAGCACACUCUCACUGAUCAUGGUGGAGGCUUCAGUGUGAGUCUGACUCCGGUCAGCGAUGGAAGGAGCUGUCCCGAUUUGAAGGAACAAACCCAACUCAGGCCCUUUCUAACACAACAAAACAACUUCGAGAGAAAAAGAAGAAGAACAAAAAACAAACUGUUUGCAAGAAAAUAAGUUGUUUAGACUUUGUACACCUUGAUGCUUUUUAUAGGAGAACGGCCACGCCUCUUACAACUCUCCAAGGACACAGGAAGUGUAUUUAUUUUGGAGAGAAUCCACUUCCUCCCAUGAGUGUUUGUUGACUUUUUUUUUCUUUUCACGCAACAGUUUAUGUGUGAUAAUCAUCUUCUAACUGUAACCUACACGAGGUGGUUUCUAUUUAAGAAGUUUUGUCUUUAAUGAAGGAGUAAAAUGUGAAGCAUACCUGAUAAUGAUGAAGUGAUGAUGAGUCAAAAUGAUGAUGAAGUCACAGGGUCAAAUCCAGCCAACACAGACAAGCCAAACCAGACAUACACUCACACAUGCUUUUACUUCUCUUUGCCAAAUCCUUGCCACCACCAAGAGGAAAAAAGAGGAAGCUUCUUGUCUGCAUCUGAUGCUCCAGUUUUAGCCAUUUAAGAAGUUUACUUUGAGCCUCCUCUACAUACAUCUGUCCUGCAGCUUCAGUCUUUCAGCCAACAGAUAACUCAAGAGAGAAUGAGACUUGCUUCACUUGUAGUAGAAGAUAGAUUUGACAGUAGAUGCAUGUAAAAAGGAAACAAAUGAUCACAGAUCCUUUCCCACACAGUAGUACAUUAUUUUUGUGUGCCAAUAGCAGCUUCACUGCUCAGGAUUUGACCCCUACCCUCAAUUAUCCCUGUUACAGCAACUGGUUGAGACGCAUACAGCCGCAGAGACCUCUAUGAGAGGGAGAACAUGUCUUAAAAGACUGCUGCAAUUUUGACUUUUAUUUUGAUGUGUGAGAUUUGUUUUCUUGAGUUUUGUCAUAAUUGAAAAAAUAUUUCUUUGGUUUUUUUGGUUUGCUGUGUUUGUUAAAUUUCAUUUUCAUUUUUAUUUUUAUCAGCCAGCCAAUCAGAUUGUGCUUCUUUUUUUCCUGCCUGCUUUCUCAUCUAGUUUGAUUUGAAACUUGAGUGGGAAAAGUGCUGCGCUGCAACAAAUGUCAAGUUCAGAACAUUGCAACUGAGGAUUAAGAACAAUCGUCUUUUUCAAAAAGCGUUUGUGAAAACAAAUGCCGACGAGUCCUAGCAAGAAGAACAGCAACAUUAGACCUUUCAGCAGCUGCACUCAAAUGAAGAAAGCUUACGUUUUUGUAGUGACCACAGUAAUACAAGUGUGAUUCUAGGAUAGGUCAAGAAAACAUGCGAUACUAACAAAGAAAUGCUCUUCAUUCCACCUGACCAAGUUGUAUUUGUGCUUAAUCGUUACUUUAAUUCAGUUUUUUAUUUUUAUUUAUAUAGCAUCAAAUCACAGCAGUAUUCGCUCCAAGGGGCUUCAGAUCGUGAAGACAAUAUUAGAAAGAAACCUCAACAAUAAGACAACCCCCUAUGAAUAAGCACUUGGCGACAGUGGGAAGGAAAAACUCCCUUUAACAGGAAGAAACCUCCAGCCGCACCACGCUUAAGGAGUGGCAGCCAACUGCUGCGACUUGUUAGUGGUGAGGGAAGGAGGAGAGGACAAAACACACAGGAGAGCAAGAAAUUAAUAAUAACUAAUGAUUAAAAAGUUGUGUAUUCACAUAUAGAGAAUGAAAUGAUCGCCAACAUCACUAACCUGUAAUUCAUAGUUUUGUUACAUCAUUAAAAAAAAUGAUAUACUGUGUAAUCCUGAUAGGGACGUCAUAUUGUAAUUCUGAUGUUUAUGUUUCAUUCAGAUGACUCGUCGGUUCAGUAUUUUGCACUAUUUGUGACUUGAGGUAUAAAAAAAUGGCAUUUUUUGCAGCGCAGAACAAUUAGCCAGCAACAUGUCUUAAAUGCCCGCUGUGUAAAAAUUAGCUGCAGUGUGUGUGUUUUUUACAGUCUUGAAGUCUUAAAAUAUGAUGUUAUUUUUGCCAAAGCCCUUUUUGAGACAUUUAUGCUUAAACAGUCUUACGCCACAAUUAUUAAUAUGAUGUUUGGGGAUUUUUUCUUGUCACACAUCAUAAAAAAUGAAAAUGCCAUUUUAAGUUAUCUGUCCGUGCUUAACACACAAGCACAUCUUUAAGCCAGGUUUAUGGUUUAUGGUCCCUGCACUGGUUGUGUAACAUGUCAAAUGUGAUGUCACAACAGCCCAGUCACUGUUUAUAGUGGUGCUCGUCCUGAAUGAUAGAUCCCGCCAUUCGCAAAAAGCCAUGACAUCAGUGUGGGUAUAGGUUUUCUCUGGAAAGUCUCAUCUUUUCAAGCUCAUUCUUCUCUUCGUCUGGGAAUCUCUCACUCAUAUCUUCAACCUGCUCCCACCCCCUUCCCUGGGGACAAAAAUCGACAGGUGUACGACAAGCUGAAAUGACACUAAAAGAGUGCUCCAGCAGUUGUGACAUCACUUUUGGCACAUGCCUCAAACUGAAAUCUGAAAAUGAAUUUGAUUCUGAACAGAAAAUCACUUAUUCAAUAAACAGAUGUCAUCUGUAAUUAUAGCCUGAGGUGAUGUGGACUUAGAAUGCCAUAAUGUUACUACCAAGAACAGGGAAGAAAAUACUUAAAACGCCUCAAUUCUUACAUUCAUCUCCUCAGCAAAGGGCAGUAACCAGUAAGUCAGUAAAGCAAAACCCAACAACUGGGAUUAAAAACACUUUAAAAAAAAAUCCAGUAGAAUGUCUUAAAAUUUAACCUUUGAGAUGUCAGGAAGCAAAAGAAAAAUCCCUGAAAAAAAGAAGGAAAAUCCUGAAAACUCACCUCUGUAGAGCCGCAGACGUGUUCCUUAUUUUAUUUGUCUCAUGUCACGAUUAAAAUGUUAUAAAUUAAUCUUAUUUGUUUUUGUAUUAUAGUGUCUGUUGUUAAAAGCCAUACUUCCACUGCUAAUUUCAAUCAAACUAAAAUAAGCCAUGGUGUACUUUUAUAUCGCGUUAGGAGGCGGAUGUUUUUCUUUUUGUCAUGAUGUCGUUUGUACCAUUCUUGUUACAGUUAGCACCAUUUUUUGUUGCAUUAUGUAGAUGUAGAGUUUAUGAAUAUGUCCUUAUGAUUAUUCGUGUUUGUCUUCCAUUUGAUGGAUUUUAGGAUUGAACAAAGUUGCUCAAUGAAGGCUGAAAGGGAUAAAGGAAAAUUCUCCUGCUUUAGCGGGUUUUAUGUCCUCUCUUUGCUUCCUUCCUCUGUUCAUUCACCCUCCCUCCGGAAUAUUAAAUCUGUAUGUUUGCCCUCUUUUUCUUCUUUCCCUUUAAAUCAAAUGAGCCACCUAUUUAUUUUAUCUCAAAUAUGGGUCUGGUGACCACUCUUCUGUUUGUGGAGUGCCUGUGAGUGCGUGUGACUGUCUGUCAUCUUUUUCCUCUGAAAGAAAAGUGUGACGUUCAAAAGCCGAGGAAUGUUUUUUUUUUUUUUUGUUGGUUGCUUUUUUUAUUAGUACAUAUAUAAAUACCUGUACAGGAAGGUCUAAAUAGAGCGUUUUGUUAAAGGAAGUAAGAUCCAAAGCACUUGUCUAACAAAAGUAACACCAUUUAUCAUGGCUUGUCUGCGUUCGGGCUUAGAGUGGUGGGCAUCUUCUACACACACGUUAUCAGCAGUAUCAGUAUGGAGGGGAAGAGUACAGAGGAAACUACUGUAAAGAUGAUAAUGAUGAUUUUUUUUCUCAUUAUUUUGAACUUUGAAGUGUAAAAUAACUUUUUGACUCUCACUAUAUUUAAUUAAAGUUCUUUCUUCUCUG